AUGUCGUCCUUCGCGAGGAAGAAGACGAGGAUGGGCUGUUUUUCGUGUUGCAUGUCGGAGGAGGCCCUAACGAGGAGGGCAUUGCAGAAGAGCAUCAUGGAACAUCAUGACACAAAAGUCUUGGCCUCAUUGGCCAAUAUUUCAUUUAUCCCCGAUAACAGCAGAAAGAGAUGCACCAGCCAAGAAAUUACAAAAGAUUGCAGACACAAUGCAGGUGCCAAGGUUUUCAGAUACCGUGACAUAUGCGCCGCCACGAACAACUUCGACCCUCGUAAUCAAAUCGGCGAAGGCGGCUUCGGAAGAGUCUACAAAGGACUUAUCGAAAACCAAAACAGAGUGGUUGCUGUGAAGCAGAUGGAUAGGAAUGGAUAUCAAGGGAACAAAGAAUUCCUUGUUGAGGUUUUGAUUUUGAUUUUACUUAAACAUCCUAACCUGGUUGAGAUGGUGGGGUAUUGCAUUGAUGAGGAGCAAAGGGUUUUAGUCUAUGAAUACAUGGCUAAUGGCUGCUUGGAGGAUCAUCUUAUAGGUUUACCGCCGGACAGGACGCCGUUGGAUUGGAAUACCAGGAUGAGAAUCGCAGUAGGAGCGGCUAAAGGCCUUGAAUACUUGCAUGAAGUAGCUAAUCCUCAAGUGAUAUACCGAGACUUCAAGACAUCAAACAUAUUACUGGACGAGGAUUUCAAUCCGAAGCUCUCGGAUUUCGGACUCGCGAAAGUCGGCCCGACCGGAGAUGAUCCGCACGUAUUCUCCAGGGUUAUCGGAACCUAUGGUUACUGUGCACCCGAGUACAUACAGACCGGUCAAUUGUCAACGAAGUCCGACGUUUACAGCUUCGGAGUAGUGCUUUUGGAGAUGAUCACGGGAAGAAGAGCGGUAGACAAUUCAAGACCACCACAUGAAAGGAAUCUCGUCACUUGGGCGAAACCGUUAUUGGAUCACAGAAGGAAGUUUGUGUUACUGGCUGAUCCAUUGCUGGAUGGGGAUUUCCCCAUUAAGGGUCUCCACCAGGUGCUCACAAUUGCAGCAAUGUGUCUGCAGGAAGAUCCGUCGCUUCGGCCAUUGAUGAGCUACGCCGUCGCGGCUCUCGAGUGCUUGAUUACGAGCGACGGACCGGAAGAAGGGGAGAAUAUGGAUCAUGAAGAUGAUACAUUAUCAUACGGUGGAGGUCUUUCUAUAUGA